AGGCCAUGUGUAGCAACGAAUCAGUAUCAAUCUUUUGUGAUAUCAUUCUAAUGACUUUUAAACACAUUCAAAGCUCUUUCAAAGGUCAUUUCAAUGUUUAUUGAAUCUGAAUACAAUUCCUGAAAGGCUUGUGACUUGUGACGUGACGGGAGUAGAAGCCCUGCACAGUUGCGGUGAGUUCACGGCAAGGUUCACCGCCUCAAGCUGUGGGAGGUCCACCACCUCGUUUCCAUAAAACUCAAAACGCUUCCCGCUCCUUCACUUCAUUUUGUGUAUCAUACAGUCCUUGACGCACUCGACGCCAGGCGUCCAACUUUCCACUAUCUAUUAUGGGUUGGUUACGACCAGCUACCCCAGGUUUCCUGGUCACGCUCGCAGCAACGAUCCUGCUCGCCCUCGUUACCUUCUCUGCGCCGUUUUUGAAGAGUAUUUACUUCCUCAAGGCAUCGCUAAAUCAGGAGAACAUCGGUGGAAAUAUUGUCUUCGGCACAUUUGGUUAUUGCUUUGAAUUGGGCAAUGGUACAACAUGUUCCAAACCGAGUGUAGGCUAUCAGCUGGACAUCAACGGACUCGUAGGCAACGACUUACCUAUCCAAAUACCUUCUGUCAUCGUCAAAUGGAUAACAUACGCUCUCUUCCUCCAUGCCGUCGCACUCAUACUUGCCGCCAUAUCCGCAGCCUUUGGGCUCCUUGCACAUGUCCGCGAAUUUACAAUGACUUGUUGUAGCACUUGCGUUAGCGGAUUCGCUGCUGCGGUCGCUAUGCUCGCCUUUAUCUUCGACAUUGCUUUCUUCUUCCUUGCUAAAGCUAGGAUUAAUGCUAUCCCUGGCGGCUCAGCAAGCAUUGGCAUAGGCCUUUGGUUAACACUUGCUGCAUGGAUCUGCCUGUUCUUUGCUGGUUGUUUCUAUGGCUUUGGCAGGUGUUGCAUCAGUAGACGGCCGAGGGAUGAGGAUAAGAGGAGGAAUAAGCCUUCAGUAGAGGAUGGAUAUGCCGAACGGGUCCGGAUGGACGCUAUCAAGGCUGAGGCAGAUCGUAAGGCAAGGCAAGCGAAGGGCGAAGUUGGGUUGCCGGCAUUCCAGGAAUACGAGCAUCAACCUUUGACAAAGGGCGAUCCCGAAGAAUACGCUGAUGAUGGACAUCAAGUCCUUCCUUACAACGGACAAGCUGGUAUUGGUGCUGGCACUGCUGCCUAUGCUAGGCAAGGUGCCUCACCACCUGCAAACUCACAGUCCGGUUAUGCUCAGGCUCCAGCGGGUACUCGUGCAGUUGAUGAUUAUUACAAUAGUCGACCUAACCAAGGAAAUAACUCAUACCCACCGCAACCACAUAGGCAAGCGAGCGGACAUACCGUUACUAGCUCUGGAUACACCCCUUCGGUAUACUCUACUACCCCUGCACCUCCGAUACCUACGAUUCCCCCACCUGUUUCCACGGCAGCUGUAGGUGCUGCCGCCGGUGCUGGCUAUUUGUCUGCAGGUGGUCAGUACGGACACGACCAAUACCCGAGCGCUGCAUCUGGUGCUGCGUAUGGGCACACAGCCGGAGGAACAACCUAUCACUCCGCAGCGACUCAUCAACAAUAUCCUUCCGCAUACUCCGCUUACGCUGACCCAUACGGUCAAGCUAACCCAGUCGUCAAUACGGAAACGUACAACAGCACAGGGUACAUGGGUGGUAUGACCAGUCCUCACGCUCAGUCACCUUCCUCCGCGUAUCCCGCAAAUCCACAGUCACCUCCCCCACAAAACGCAUCAUAUUACACUCCCCAAAGACAGAACACAUACCCAGAACGAAGUUACACGCUUGGUGGAGAUGGAUAUGGUUCGAACGUCAUUCCUAACCAUACACAGGGAGAAUACGAUCCCUAUAGCGCGUACUACCCUCAGCAGACUAGCACGCCACCAAUGCCCGCACCUACACCCCCAUCGAUCAAUACAGACGUACAAAGAUCCGGAGGAGUAGCGUCGAGCCCUAGAGGUCCUAGACCACCCAGUGGCACUAUGACAUUGCCGACUGGGAUUCCGGAACAACCGCAGUAUGAGGAUAGUCCACCGAUGUAUGAUGCUGCGACGUCUCAACCGCCUGGUGCGUGGGGAACCAAGCACUGAUAAUGUCCUUUGGGUCUUUGUUUUUGCUAGUGGACAUCAUACUCUUGUUUUUUUUUCGCUUUGUUUUUAUCUCUAUCUGUGAGGACAUUCGAUUGUAAGCAAAAGACGCACUCCACAUAUUUACUUGCAUUCCACUGUCAUUCCUACCACUGUUCGCUUGUAAUCUAAUGGUUUUGUUGUGGAUACCCUCACAUCGUUUUCUACCUUCGAGUC